AGCAUGGAAUGUUUACAAAAUAAUCUAAGUAAAAUCCGAGUUCCAAAUAAUUUUGAAAACGUAUAUAAGGAUGAAUGCGUUUAUAGCUUUGACACACCGGAAUCACCAACCGGACUGUAUAUUAGUUUGACCUCGUUUUUGGGUUUUGGUGAAGAUUUUGUUGAAGGUUACGCUAAAAAAACUGGAAAUCAUGUGUAUUUGCAUUGGCGUCGGGAAAAAUAUGAAAUACCACAAGAACAGUUAGCAGAUGGACCUGAAAAAAAAAUUACGCGUUUAGCGAUCGGCGUAGAAGGUGGUUUCGAUCCCAAUAUUGGAAAGAAAAAGUUCGAAUACAAAGAUUUUUAUAACAUUAUUGUUUUCCCAGAAAAAAAAACUUACUCAUACCCUGAUGAAAAUUUGCCUAUGAUUAUAUCUCAAUCCGUUAAAGCAAUUAUUGAUGCUGAAUCAGCUAUAAAAAAAUUAGAAAAAUCUUCUUUAGCUGGAACGUGGGAUGGAGAAGUAAGGCAAGUAUCAAAAUUUGCAAAGGAUUUAAGACAGCUAGAAAAUGGUAUUAAAAUUCCACCUUCUGGUUGGAAAUGUGAGAAGUGCGACCUUACUAAUAAUUUAUGGUUAAAUUUAACGGAUGGGUCGAUUUUAUGUGGAAGAAAAUUUUUUGAUGGUAGUGGAGGAAAUGACCAUGCGGUGGAGCAUUAUCACGAAACAAGAUUUCCUUUAGCUGUUAAAUUAGGAACAAUUACUGCAGAGGGGAAAGGAGAUGUAUUCAGUUAUGCUGAAGAUGAUAUGGUUGAAGAUCCGUAUUUAGUUGAUCAUUUAGCCCAUUUUGGAAUUAAAGUAGCCCAAAUGACAAAAACAGAAAAGUCGAUGGUUGAAUUAGAAUUAGACAUAAAUCAGAAAAUAGGAGAAUGGGAUAUCCUAACUGAAAGUAAUAGUAAUUUAAUUCCAAUGUCUGGACCUGGAUAUACUGGAAUGAAAAAUUUAGGAAAUUCGUGCUAUUUAAAUAGUGUAAUGCAGGUUCUAUUUACAAUCCCUGACUUUGUUAAAAGAUUUGUACUUGGUGCUAGCGAUUACUUUGCUACAUAUCCAGAUGAUCCUGCAAAUGAUUUCAAUAUUCAAAUGGCUAAGUUGGGCACUGGUUUGUGUAGCGGAAAAUACAGCAGUAUUCCAGACAAUUCUCUUGAUUCUGAAUCGACUGGAAUUUCACCAGCAAUGUUCAAAAAUUUAAUUGGCAAAAAUCAUCCAGAUUUCUCCACCAAGCAUCAGCAAGACGCUCAGGAAUUUUUUCUACACUUAAUCAAUAUUUUAGACAGAAAUAGCAGAAAUCAAGAAAACCCAGCUAAUGCUCUAAAAUUCAGUAUAGAAGAUCGUGUUGAAUGUCAAGCCAGUAAAAAAGUAAAAUACACAACACGUGAUGAAUACUGUUUGCCCCUGCAAAUACCUUUGAAAAUGGCUACCAAUUUAGAUGAAGUGAAAGAAUAUGAAGAAAAGUUAGCUGAAGCUCAAAAGAACGGUCAAAAACUGCCACCAGAUUCAUUGGUUAGACCAAAAAUAACAUUAAAGGCAUGUUUAGAUGCAUUUUCACAGAGUGAAAUAAUCGAACAAUAUUACAGCACAGCCAUUAGAGAUAAAACUUCUGCUAAGAAAACUUCUCGUUUAGCUACAAUGCCGGAUUAUUUGAUGUUACAUUUAAAAAAGUUUAUGCUGAGAGAAGAUUGGACGUCAAUGAAACUAGACGUUUCCAUUGAUAUUCCAGAUAUUUUGGAUUUAUCUAGUCUCAAAAGCAGCGGACUGCAACCUGGAGAAGAAUUGUUACCUGAAUUGGAUGAUAAAACUCAACUUGAUAGCCCGCCUAUGGAUGAAAAGGUUCUGAAUUCUUUAGUUGAAAUGGGAUUUCCAAUCGACGCUUGCAAACGAGCAAUUUUUUCUACAAAAAAUAGUGGAUUAGAACCAGCUACACAGUGGAUAAUGGAACAUAUAACCGAUUCAGAUUUUAAUGAUCGAUUUGUCCCACCUGGUUUAGAAAAUCAAAAAUCAGGCAGCUUUAGAGCAGAUCCUAAUAGCCUUGAAAUGCUAAUGGGAAUGGGUUUUAAUGAAAUACAAGCUAUUAAAGCCCUAAAAGCUACUGAAAACAAUAUUGAACGUGCUACUGAUUGGAUUUUUUCGCAUCAGGGUGAUCUUGAUGGCGCAGAAAAUGAUGAAGAACCAUGCACACCAAAAAUGAGAGAUGGUUCUUCUAAAUAUCGAUUAGUUGGAUUCAUUUCUCAUAUGGGGACAUCAUCUCAAGUUGGACAUUAUGUUUGUCAUUUAUUAAAAGAUAAUCAAUGGAUAAUAUUUAACGACAGUAAAGUUGCGAUCUCACAAAACCCUCCCAAAGAACUUGGAUAUUUGUACUUGUACGAAAGAGUUUAAAUUUAGAAUUUUUUUUAUAAAAACUAAAUAAAAGAAAAUCUAAUUGAUUGUAAAUUUUGUUAUAAAAGAAAUUUUAAUUUU